CUGAUUAUUUCUUUCAUCUUCCCGCUUACCAAAUUCUUUCAAACCUUGACGCGCGAACAACCCACCCAACCCACAUAAAUAAUAAUAAUAAACCACCCCAAUCAAUGAAUGCAACUUCAGAUUAGGGUUUUGUAGAGCAAUGAUCGGGUCCUGCAAUGAUUCAACACAACCAUUCGCCAAAACCCUGUGUUCAAUCUGCUACGAAGAUCUCAAACCCAUCGUUGAAGAUCUUCAAGCAAUUUCAAUUUGUGGUCACGUCUUCCAUGAACUCUGCAUACAACAAUGGUUCGAGUACUGCUCAAAAGGGAAGAAAAAAUGUCCGAUUUGCAAGCAAACAUGUUCAGCAGCUAACGUGAGCCGGCUCUAUUUUCAGUCACUAGGUGAUAUAAGUUCCUCUAAUCUCUCUCAAAAACCGCAAACUCACAAAGAAGACACAGAGGAACUUAAAUUAGAAGUCAAGAGACUUGAGGGGAAGAUUAGCAAGCUCAGUUUAGCUUUAGAAAGUCGAGAAAAUGAUUUAAAUAACCUUAAAAAUGAGUUGUCUGUGUGCAAGGAGCAGUUGAAGAAAGAAACAUCAUUGAAAAAGGAAGUCAUGGAUCAAAACGACACAAUUAAUAGCUUACUUCAGUCGAAAACGCAGGAACUAAAUAAAUCAAAACUGAAGCUCGUUAAGUUGCAGGAGAGUAAAGAGGGUUUGGCCAAAGAACUCGCUGCGCUCAAAUUGGUCUCUGAUUUGGACUUGAAAGACGACAAGAUAGGCAAACUCGCUUCUUUGGGUACGGAGCCUCACAGCAAAGAAAAUGUGGAUAGACUAGUGAAGUGUUUGGUUGCUCACAACAGGGACCAUAAAGAACUGAUGACCAAAUACAAAACUCUGGGGAUGGAUGAUGCAUGUUCUCGUGAAGAGCUUGAAAAAGCUAAAGAGAAACUAAAAGAUUUAGAAAAAUUGAAGAAAAAACUUCUAAAAUUGGAAACCGUUAAGGAAAUGAAAGACAAUGAAGGCUUGAGAGCUCCUAAAGCUUCAAAAAUGGUAAAAGAUUCUCUUAAUGACACAUUGACGCCACAAGACACAAUAAAUGAACCUGAUGUUCAUCUUCGAAAACCAAAGAGGUUAAGAGUGACCGAGAAUAUUAUAAAAAGUGCCAAUAAAGAUGGUACUAGUUCUUGCAUUAUAAUUGAUGAUGAUGACGACGACGACGCGCACACACCAAAGGUUUCAACUUCUCUUGAAUCCCUGUCAUAUGAUUCAGUCCUUCAGCCUACUAAUCGGGCUAAAACUAAUGAUGAUGUGGCAUUUGUUCAUGAGAUUAAGCAAGAUAAGCACCUUUCUAACAACACAAAUGAAUCGUCUUUACCGGCUCUGAGUUCUCAAAGAGAAGUUUGUUUUACUCCUGGACUGCUUGGUCCAGAUGGAACAGGAAGCUAUUUGGGAAAAUGGUGCAAAAGGGGUCAGAAUAAGGGUUCUAAGGCUUCUUCAAUAUCAACACAAUCAAAUGACUCUAGGGGAUCAUUGCUUUCUGCUAGAAGUAGCAAGCUUGGGGCCAAAACAAGUAGUUUGCAAUCUGAAGGGUGCUUGCGGAUCGGUCACUUUUUUAGUAAAGCAGGUCAAUAGUGGGUAUACUACUGUGUUAUGUAGAUUUGAUUGUUUUAUGUAAACCAUCCCUGAUAAAUGCCAUGGUUUUAAUAUGUUUUGACAUCUUUUUUUGUGUCUUCAAAGGCUUUUUGGUUGGAGAUAA